GUUAGUUUUUAAUUGUAAAUAAUGUGAAAAUGUUUGUUUAAAUUAAUUGUGAGUGAUCGGCUUUUUGUUUAUCGUGAAUUACAGCUGAUUUGGACUCCGAAGACGGCGAAAACGGGCGAAACGUUAAGCGGAAUGAUAAAAAAGUGUGGAAAAUGCCGAGCUCCCCAGAAACUGCACGCCCUCCCCAUGGCCAGGAUUUGACAACGAAAGAAGAGCAACCAAUCAACACCCAGAACACAAUCGAAGAGCUCAAAUCCAAGUUAAACAGCAUAGAAUCAGACACAGACGAGUCUUCCGAAACGAUGAUUCCCGAAACUCAGAGGCCUCCAAGCCACCACCAUCCUCCGGCUCCGCUGAUUAACGAAGAGGGCCUAAUUAUCCCUCGGAAGCCGCAUAAUCCCGUGAAAGAAAACAGCGAAAGACAGAAUCUCCACAAAGAGUUGUUGUUUAACCAGAAAAUUGGGAAAAACGUACUCAACCAAAAAUCCGAAUUGCAGAGGGCGUUGGAGAAGCAGAAGGAGAAUAUGGCGAAGAAGGAGUUGGAGACUCAUUUGGCGGCCAAAACGCCCGAAUUAGAGAAAGUGAUAGCGGAUAGGGCGAAAAGGAUGCAAGCGAAUAGUAUGGACGAAAAGAAUGAAGAUGAUAAAGUCAUUAAUAAAGAAUUUCUACAAGCUCGAAUGAAACUGAAGAAUCGGAGCGACUCUAAAUGAGCUUAUCUCAAACAUAUAACCGGUUUUGUGUACGAAUUACGCAGUUUUAGGAUUAUUUAACUCUUUAUUUUAUGUGAUAAGAAAACGACUAAGUUAGGUGUACUCAUUAGGACAUGUGUAAUAUGUAUAAUAUACAAUAAACACUAUUUUUUCA